AGCUCUGGAGGUGGGGGGCAUCCUGGCUUCCCUCUGGGGGGACUGUGUGGCUCUGCCCGAGGGCUUGUUCUGGCUUCGGAGGUCCCUCCCUGCACCCCCGGGGGCCAUGCUGAACUCGGGAGCCCUUGACUCACGGUGGCAUUUGAGGUGAGGCCACUGUGGGGAAGCCCAGCCGGCCUGGCUUCCAGCUCUCUCUCAUGCUGUGCUUUCACAGGGUGAUUUCAUCAAUAGAGAAUAUAUGAAGCUCUUAGGCAAUGAGACCGGAUCUUUAUUCUCACCCAGCCUCUUUAUGUGGGAAGAAGAAAUCAGGUUAUUUUCCUAUCUCUCUGGGGAUAACUGCCCUGAGGGGGCAGCAUCUGCCUGCAGAGGGGGGCCCCCCACAGUACCCCGGGCUCCCAGCCCGCAGCCCCCUGGACGGCAGCGAAGGGUCCCAACUCAGCCCCACCAUGCCUCCCAGCCAGGACGAGGGGUGCUGCCCGAGUCCCAGGAGGGGGCUGCAGGGGGCCAGGCCGGGAGCCCCAGCCCUGGGAAAGGAAGCAGCUUUUUACAGGCCUAUAACGGGGGCCCGGCUGAAAGGAGAAAUGGCUCCGGGCCUUGCCACACAUGUGGCUGAAAGAAGGAACUGAGAUUCAGACACCCUGAUGCCCACUGAGAGGGCGACCGAGAGAAGGGAAAACGGUGUGAGGGCCGGGUCCCCGGUACAGACACACACACAGUCACCACCUGCAAGCCAGGCUGCCCAGGGUGAGGGCAGCGGAGGGAAGCCCAGCGCUGGGCCCAGGGCUGCAGGUGACGCCGGGUCACCCUGUCAGGUGCUGAGACCUCGGCAGAGAGCGUCAGUGGCCCCCAUCCAUCCCUGCUGCAGGCCCCACCGCCCACAGGACAGAAAGGCUGGCACGUUGCAGGUGCUGGGAACGCUGGCUGUGCUGUGGCUUGGCGCCGUGACUCUUGCCUACGUCCUGUGGCAAGUGCGCCUUCCCCCCACCUGUGGCCAGCUGCACCCCGAGGAAGGGCCCACUGGGUCCAGGGGCCACAGCUCCAGCCUGGCCUGGGAGCCCCUAGGAGGGGAGGCCGGCCAGCAGCCUCAAGACUCCUGCCGGCUUGUCCUUGUGGAGAGCAUCCCCCAGGACCUGCCCUCUGCAGCCGGCAGCCCAUCUGCCCAGCCCCUGGCCCAGGCCUGGCUGCAGCUGCUGGACGCCGCCCAGGAGAGCAUCCAUGUGGCCUCCUUCUACUGGUCCCUCACGGGGCCUGACAUCGGGGUCAAUGACUCGUCUUCCCAGCCGGGGGAGGCCCUUCUGCAGAAGCUGGCACAGCUCCUGGACAAGAACAUUUCCCUGGCCGUGGCUACCAGCAGCCCAUCCCUGACCAAGAACUCUACAGACCUGCGGGUCCUGGUGGCGCGAGGGGCCCAGGUGCGGUUCGUGCCCAUGAGGAAGCUCACCGGGGGCGUUUUGCACUCCAAAUUCUGGGUCGUGGACGGACGGCACAUCUACCUGGGCAGUGCCAACAUGGACUGGCGGGCCCUGACGCAGGUGAAGGAGCUGGGCGCCAUCAUCUACAACUGUAGCCACCUGGCCCUCGACCUGGAGAAGAUCUUCCAGACCUACUGGGUGCUGGGGGCGCCAAGGGCGGUGCUGCCCAGAACCUGGCCUCAGAACUUCUCAACCCACAUCAACCGCUUCCAGCCCCUCCGGGGCCGCUUUGACGGGGUGCCCACCACUGCCUACUUCUCCGCAUCGCCACCAAGUCUCUGUCCUCAUGGCCGCACCCGGGACCUGGAAGCCUUGCUGGCAGUGAUGGGGGGUGCCAGGGAGUUCAUCUACGCCUCGGUGAUGGAGUAUUUCCCCACCACGCGCUUCAGCCACCCCCCCAGGUACUGGCCAGUGCUGGACACUGCACUGAGGACAGCGGCCUUCAACAGGGGUGUGCGCGUGCGUCUGCUGGUCAGCUGCUGGCCCCACACGGACCCCAGCAUGUUCCCCGAACUGCGGUCCCUGCAGGCUUUCAGCAACCCCGUGGCCGGUGUCUCAGUGGAUGUGAAAGUCUUCAUCGUGCCGGUGGGAAAUCACUCCAACAUCCCGUUCAGCAGGGUGAACCACAGCAAGUUCAUGGUCACAGAGAAGGCGGCCUACAUAGGCACCUCCAACUGGUCGGAGGAUUACUUCAGCAGCACUUCGGGGGUGGGCCUGGUGGUCAGCCAGAGGGCCCCCGGCACCCGGCCGGCGGGGCCGACCGUGCAGGAGCAGCUGCGUCGCCUGUUCGAGCGAGACUGGGACUCCCGCUACGCCGUGGGCCUGGACGGGCAAGCCCAGGGCCAGGACUGCGCUUGGCAGGGCUGAGGUGCUGCUCUGCCCCGUCCCCCGGCCCCGCAGCUCCCGGUGGGGGCCGCCUCCCACAGCGCCUCCCCGCCUGUCCCCCCGUCCGGGCUCCAAGCAGCCUGUCCUCACAAGCCCUGCUCGGGGCCAGGACCUCCCAGCUCCUGGCCGGUGCAGACUGCUCUCCUCGGCUCUCCGAACCAGCCCCUUAAGACCCCGCCUCCUCCAGACAGCCUUCCGGGAUGCUCCUCCCUGACCCACAGAGCCACAAUCCCUACCCACAAAGGGGACCUUUAAAAUACACGAGCACCUCCCCCUGUC